GGUGUGAGCCAAGAUGGCUGGUCCAGCUCUGAACUUGUAACGGAUGGUGUGGCGGCUCUUGUCUCCUGGCGUGGUGGUGGUGGGGGGGAAAUAUUCUCCUUAUUUUCCACCGUCCGUUGUCUUGGUGGGCAGAGAGAAUAUAGACGAUGUCAUUCGCCGUGGAAGACAACUUGGAGUCGGACUGGGUGGCUGUGAGACCCAACGCCUUCGACGAGAAGGAAAAGCACAAGUUUGUUUUCAUCGUGGCUUGGAAUGAAGUGGAGGGAAAGUUCGCCAUAACCUGCCACAACAGGACGGUGCAGAGGAAGAGGAUUGGGGCGAGGGACCAGCGGAUAAGGCGGGAGGGAGAGGAAGAUGAGGAGGGGGUCCGGAAAUCACAAGGCCCCCAGGCCGGGAGCCCAGUUCGAGGGGAUGCUGGCAUCCAGAGUCCGACCCGGAGUGGAGCGGCUACACUCAGGAGUCCAGCCCGAGGACGGACCAGCAUCAAGAGCCCAACAGCAAAGGAAAUUGGAGUAAGGAGUCCACUUCAAGGAGAACCGGGGCUCUCUGCGGUUCCUGUGGGCGAUACAAGAGCGAUGGGUCCUCUUCCGAGUGAGGCUGAUAUCUUAGGCCCAGUUCAGGACACUAUUCAUCUUCACGAUUCUGCCACGGCAGCGGAUAGGGAUCAGGACCAAGAAAAGGAUAUUGUGAUACCGGAUGAUUGUAGCUGGGCCGGACUGUUCUCCUUCCAGGAUUUGAGAUCCAUUCAUCAACAACUUUGUGCUGUGAAUUCGGAGUUAGAACCUUGUUUGCCAGUAUUUCCUGAAGAACCCUCAGGGAUGUGGUCAGUGCUCUUUGGUGCAUCUGAAGUGAUCGAUGGAGAGAUGGACUCGCUAUGCUUACAACUUCAAGUUUACCUUGGCCAUGCUCUGGAUGUCUGUGGGUGGAAAAUUCUUUCUCAUCUCCUAUUUACUGAAAACGAUAACCCGGAUGAGUAUUAUGAGAGCUUGAGUGAGUUGAGGCAGAAAGGAUAUGAAGAGGUAUUGCAGAGAGCAAAAAAACGUUUACAGGAGCUUUUGGAGAAACACAAGAUCACAGAGGUUAUGGUAGAAUUGCUGGAACUUUACCAGGAGGAAGAUGAUGCUUAUAUUGCUUUAUCUGAAGCAACUACAGAACUCUACCAAUAUCUACUCCAACCGUUUCGAGAUAUGAGAGAAUUGGCUAUGCUGCGACGCCAGCAGAUAAAGAUUUCAAUGGAGAAUGAUUACCUUGGUCCACGCAGAAUUGAGAGUCUGAAGAAAGAAGAUUCUGAUUGGCAAAGGAAAGCCCACAGGGCUGUGUUAUCUAUACAGGAUUUGACAGUGAAGUACUUUGAGAUCACAGCUAAAGCGCAGAAAGCUGUGUAUGAUCGGAUGCGUGCUGACCAGAAGAAAUGUGGGAAGGCAGCCUGGGCCGUGGCAGUUGAGAGGAUGGAAAAACUUCGGUACGCAGUUGCAAAGGAAACACUACAGCUGAUGCGAGCGAAAGAGAUCUGUCUGGAACAGAAAAAACGAACACUCAAAGAUGAAAUGCAGAGCCUUCAGAGUGGCACAGAUGCCAUAGCACGGCUGGACCAGCUGGAGGCAGACUAUUACGACUUGCAGCUUCAGUUGUAUGAGGUGCAGUUUGAGAUUCUGAAAUGUGAGGAGCUGCUAUUAACAGCACAACUUGAAAGCAUUAAGAGGCUCAUUGCAGAAAAACGAGAGGAAGUUGUUUACUAUGAUACUUAUGAAAGCAUGGAAGCCAUGCAAGCAACAGAGGAUAUGACUGCAUCAGUGAUCCCACAGAAAAUGGAACUGUUGAAGCUUCAGCAGAAGGUUCGGCAACUGGAGGCUCGGCGCAGUCGCACUUCAGCCAAGAAGGCCUACCUCAGAAACAAGAAGGAAAUCUGUAUCGAAAGCCACAAAGACAAGAUGAAGCAGCACAGACAAAAUGAAGAGGCGUACAGGAGUCAUCAUGCUAUAAAGCAGAUGCGUAAUCAGCAACAAGAGGAAGAGACAAACAGUAAAUGGGUUAGCCAAGAGCGACAGAAAACAUUGGACAGGCUCCGUAACUUUAAACAGAGGUACCCUGGGCAAGUUGUACUUAAAUCCACAAGACUCCAUUUCACAAAUGUCAGAAGAAAAGAUAAUACAGGUUCAGUGGCUUACCUUGGCAAAGACCAAACGCACACUCUUCCAGAAACAUUACAAGUACAACAAACAACUGAAGAAGAAACUUCACCUGUAAAGAAGGGAACAAGGUCCACUGGAGCAACAGAAUUUAAAAGCAUAUUACAAGAAGAGGAAUGUUUUUCUUCACAGUCAGGAGAUGAUGCCACCCCUGAACUACUGCAACCUAUUUCACUUCCAAGCCCUUCGACUGAAGAAAUCAGUAACAUUGAUAUAGUUCCGCCACCACCACCACCUCCUCUACCCCCUCCACCUCCUCCAAUGCCAGUUUGUGAAGAAUCAGUCAAUGCUCAGCAACAAAUAGAGAAACCUGUUCAGUCAGGUGACUGCAAAGAAACAGCACAACCUAUUAGUUCACCGAUACCUCAUUUAUUUGACAGUAAGCAGCUAUUAAAUGCUAGAAAAAAAUUGAAGAAAACAGCAUCAAGUGAUGAGCUGAAAAAACAGAGAGUGAGUUCACCAAUGGAUGAAGUUCUAGCUUCUCUGAAGCGAGGCAGCUUCCAUUUGAGAAAAGUUGACCUGCGUUCUCUGCCUCCAUUUCCAAAUCAAGAUGACAGCAAUAAUAUACUUGCACAAAUUAGGAAAGGCGUAAAGUUGAAGAAGGUUCGGAAAGAAGCCCUGAGAGAAUCCUCCAUUGAUUUGCAUGAUGCUGAUCCUCUAACACGCAGCAUCCAUGAAGCUUUACGGAGAAUUAAAGAGGCGUCACCAGAAUCUGAGGAUGAUGAGGAUGAAGGCUUAACUUACACUGACUGGGAGAAUUAACUCUUACAGACCAAGUUUAAAAGGCCUGUGUAUUGUAAACAUAACCUUGUCCUUCCUUCCACUGUGCAAUUAAUUGUUCGUGGUCCUGUGGCAGAGCUGGUGGUCAAUGAGUGGUAGAGAGGUAUUUAGGUAUUUCCCUUGAAGCUGUGCCUAAAAUGAAAUAUUUUAAUAUCUAAACUAAUAAGUAUGUAUACUAAAUAAUGUUUAAAAUUUCCAAAACCCUCUUCACAAGUUGAUGAAAGGUGACAUUAUGUAAGUUUAUUUUGUGAUUAUGACAGAGUAUCACAGUAAAUUUUAUUCAGAUCCCACUUAAGCAUAAUCAGCAUGAAGGUUUAACUGUUACCAUCUAAUAUGUUCAUUGAGCAUGCUAAAGAAAAUAUCAGUAUAAUUGAAAACGCUCCAUUUUCCUUCUGUACAAAUAAGGGAGAGUACAAUUUGACCUUAAAACAUGGCCUGACUGUAAAUUUAUUCUCGGUCUCCCUCUACCAAAGGAGUUUUCAUCAAAGUCCAAAAAAGAUUUCUGUACACCCAGCAAAACUUCGGAAGGUGAGAGUCCAGAUGCCUUAAUAAAAGGACACAAAGUAUACAUGCAAGUUAGUUUUAGCUGUUUGUUCUGCAAAUUGGAGUCUUUCAUCUUGUGGACUGUAAAGUUACACAUUUUUGCUUUCGUGUAUUUUACUUUAUACCCCGAGGUUGACCUUUGCAAAAGUAUAUUUGAGUAGUUUACCAUUUGUCAUUAGUUUACUGUGAUUGGUACUUUAAAAUUGUAGAAAUUAAUAAAAUGGGCCAAAAGGGGUAGCAGAUAAAAUGAUUUACUGCAAAUUAAUAGUUUUUACAGAAAUUAACGUUAUAUAAAAUUACAUAGCAAAUUGAUUUUAAAAACAAUUUAUACAGAAAAGUUAUGUAAAUUAAUUCAAAUAAGUUGUAGGCUGACUAACAUAGGUUUGUUUAAAUCAUCUGUAUGUGCAUGAACAGAUUGCCUUAUGUAUGCCUGAAAAAUAUUUUUGAGGAGUUUCAGUUGAAUCAAUUCAAUGGUGAAAAAAUUUCAGAUAAUUCCCAACUUUCUAAGGCUUGGUCUUGCUUGGCAACCACAUCUUGAUUUAUGGUUUUCUUUAUGACUUUCAAAAUUGGCCAUGUCCUUUGCUGUGAGCCUCAGCCCUUCACGAGGCUUCUAGUUUAUACAACAAAAAGCAUGGCUUUGAAACAUUCAGUCGUGUGGCUGGAGACAAAAGUGCACUACGUGGAUAUUUUAAAUGCAGAAUUCUGGUUCCUACUGUGUGCUACAUUUUGUUACAGAGAAAGAAUGCACUUAAUUUGUACCUAGUAAAGCACUACGCCUUGUGUUCAAUUGAGUGCUGACCUACAGUAUCAGUUUCCUUGAUAUAUGUUUAAUUAUCUAAAAGUUUACUCAGAGGGCUCCUUAUUGAUACUCCUCUUGUGGGUGUAACCCAUUUAUUUGAGGACUGAAGCUUUAGUCAGAUUCCAUAUGGAUGGAGCAAAAUGUAGGUGUGACCAAAAAGGGGAAAGUGUAAAAUGGUUAAGAUAGAAUAAUUCCGCUAUAAUCAGUGAACACCAGCAUUGCAUUAAGUGCAGAAAAAUCUUAGAGAAUGAACUUUUGUAUAGCCCUAAUCUAAAUGACAUUGAAUUAAAUCAUUUCAGAAAAUGUGUGAAAAUAUGUGAGGAGAAUUUAGAUUCAAUAGGAAUUGCUGGUCUAUAAUGUAGGUUUUAAGUAACUGAGAUUUGUAUUUAUUUUAUUUAUUACAUAUGUAUACCGUAGACUGUAGAGCUACUUUGUUGUCAAGGAAGGAAAACUGGGAUCAAUGUUGGGUAAAUUGAAUUCUUUUCAGUUAAAAUUAGUUUUUUUUUCUCUGAUUUAGAUUAUCUGGGAGUUUUGAUAUAGACGUUUACAUACCAAUAGUGGACAAUAAACCAUGAUGUAUGAAGAAGAGGAAUCUCUGACUUUCCAAAUAAACUACUGCAGAUGUGGUUUCAAAUAUAAUUCUUAUAUUUUGUAAAAAGGGCAUGAUUUCAAAUUAUCUCUGGUUAUACAUGGAAGUACAAUAUUGAAAACAGUAUGUUUAUAAAUAAUUAUCAGUUAAAUUAGUAUGAACAACCAACUAGGAAGGGAGAAAUAACCACAAUCUUAUCAGGGCAUUGAACAGAGUUGCAAUGAAUUGUGAAUCCAAACAAAGUAAGUGUUGUGCCACAUUGUAUACUUUUAAUGCACUGAUUAAACACAUCCCAGACUAAAAAUGAAGAAAACGUAACAAUUUCUGAAAUGUGGAUAUAAAAAUAUCAGUUGCUUGGCUAUUAAUUUUAUCUCUAAAGAUAAGUUGUAGCUUCUUACAAGUUUUUAAUUUAUAUUUUUUGAGUUCGGCAUUAGUACUAAGAACGCAUUUCGAGUUUGUUUUAUAGUUUCAAUGUUUGUAUACGCGAGAAUCAUUUGAUCAUUUAGCAUAAAACUGACAUAGCUAUUUAUUUUCACAAGCAUUCUGUAUGUUUAAGAAAUACAUUGCUUGUUAAAUCAGGUUUCAUUUUAUUCAUGACAAAACCAGUUUAAAUUAUUAGCUCUUAAUAAGUAUUUUAAAAUACUCGACAUUUUAAACUGUUCCUGACACUACUGUCUUUUUAGAAAUUUAUAUCUAUAGAUUCAGCCAGGGUGAUCCUAUUUCUAAAAGCAAAUUGACUGACUUCAGAGAUGGUUGACGAAUACUGUGCAUAGGAUUAUUUCCAUAAGGAUAAGAUCUUUUCUUUACCAAAAUACAUUUGAAAAUGCCCAUUUAGCAGUUUCAACAUAAAAACGACUUUAUAGAAAGUUGCUUUGCUUAUUCUGUCAACGUGAAUCAUUAUAUAGCUUUUUUUUGCAUGCUUUGUAAUACUAUCCUAGAUUUAGUAGAAGAGUUUGUGCAAUUAUCUUGGGUUUAAAAUUUAUGAAAUUACAUUCAAACUUGGGACUUUGAGAAUACUGACAGCUUACAAACACUGCUUGGGACAGUUCAGGACAGGGAAUGGAAAGCUAUUAAUUUAACUUCCAUAAUUAAGUCUGGAUCAUGCAUUAAAUCAUUUGAAAUGUGUAUCUGGCGUAAAUUCAGACUUAACCAUAAUGACUGCAUAAUUUGGUUUCACAUAAUAUUAACUUUGCAAUUGUUAGGUUUUAGUUACAGGUACUUAUGCAGUUUUAAGCAUUUUGAAGUUUUGCAGUGGUGUGGUUCACUUGCGUGAUAAUUUCCAGUACAGUAUUCAUUUGUAUUAGUUUAAAUUAAGCGAGCUUUUCUUGCACCUCCAUUGUCCAGCACAAAAUAGGUUUUGAGGAAGGAUUAUUGGACCUGAAACGUUAACUUUGAUUUCUCUUCACAGAUGCUGCCAGAUAAGUUGAGCUUUGCCAGCAGCUUCAGUUUUUGUUUCUGAUUUACAGCAUAUGCAGUUCUUUCAAUGUUUAUGACAUAGCUUGGGUUUGACUGACAUUUUUAAUAGUUACAAUUUAUUUGUUUGGUUAGUAAUUACUUGCAUGUGUUCUAAUCCUUUAGUUUAUUUCUGUCAAUUAACCAAAGUGCUGCAUGUUAACUACAUGCAAGAAUUGGAUUACAGUAGUAAUCUGUGGGUGUGUGUAAGAGGGCAAAAUUAACUGCAGAGAGAUGAGGCUUAAAUAAACCUUAUCACUCACUGUUCGAUUAAUAUUUUGUUUAUGCUAGUGCUUAUUUUUCCAUUGACAACUGUGUUCCAUCUGAGCUUUAAUUUUUAAAACUCCCACAAAUCGGUUAAAUCUUUGUAUAUAUUUCAUUUCUGUUUCCUAUUUUGAAAUGCCAUGUAAAGCAAAUUUCAAACUGGAUAAAACUAAGUGAACUCACAUAGUUUUAAUAAGUAAAAUUCCAAAUAUUAAACUGAUCAUUUCCUAGAAAAAUAAAGUUGAUUAACCAAAGAGAAUAUGCAAAUGCUGAACAAAGACCGCAAUCUUUUUAGUUCACCUUCUCAUAGUUGGGUGAUAGUAUGAUAAUAAAAUUGAUAACUAAUCAUAGCAGUAGAUCACUAAUAGUUAUCUGAGACAGACAAACUUAUGAUGUUGAGAACACCUGCUUGGAGAACUCAUGGUCCCAAAGUUACCGGUUAAUCUAUAUUCAACACUUACCCUGUCAUUUCUCAAGUUUGUCAAUACAAUUCCAACAUAUUUUCUUAAGGAAAUCUAGCUAAUUUUUAUUUGAGUACAUAAUUUCUAAUUCCUUUUGUCAUCAGCAUUAGGAGCCUGUACUCUAACCAUAUUUUUUGUCAAGAUGUAGUUUUCUGUAGUGUCCUUUUCCUGAAGAAGGGCUUAUGCCCGAAACGUCGAUUCUCCUGUUCCUUGGAUGCUGCCUGACCGGCUGCGCUUUUCCAGCAACACAUUUUCACCUCUGAUCUCCAGCAUCUGCAGUCCUCACUUUCUCCUUUUCAAAAUACCCCUUUUAAGUGGAGAGUGUUCUGGUCAAAAUUGAAUAAAACUCAGGGUAUUGGGCUCUCUCUGUGUUGUUCCCUCACUUUUUUAGAAUCAUAAUUUCUUGCAAACUAUUCAGGCUGUUGAAACCUGCUUCCUAAUCUGUUAACUGUCAAGUGCGGUUACUAGUUGAAGCUUUUUUUUGUAAAUUCACUAAAUGCUACCUUCCUUAGAUAAACGUAUGAUAACACUUCAAUAAAAAUGUCCCGUGUCUGAAAAUGUUAAUAAAUUGGGGGAUAUAUCGCUGGCUUCGAAGAAGCUUGUUUCUAUUUUUGUGUAUGUGAUUUGAUCAAUAACAUGAAUUGGCUUAUUAUUCAAACAUGGUAAACAUUGAAUGUUCCACUUCAACCAGCAAUAAUUUUUCAUUAUAACCAUAAAAAGAACAAAUUUAGGUUAUUUGAACCAAAAUUACAAAUAUGGCCCCAUAUCUUGUAUGAUGGGCUAAUUCAUUAUUUUUCAGUGUAAAACAAUAUUUGCAUAGAGGAAAGGGAUGCAAAUUGGCAGAAAAAAAAGACACUCAUCAUUUGUUCAAUGGUAUUUAACAGAUUCCUUUUUAAAAUCUACAACUUAUCAUUUAAAACCAAUCUUUGGCAUUUAGUAAAUGUGAAAUAGAAACGAUUUAGUAUUUAUAGUAAUGGCUCUAAGAUAUUAAAAUUGAGUCUCAAUUAAAUCAUAUGAAUUCUAUUCCAUGUGUGGCAUAACUAUAAAACAUCGAAGCAGAAGUAGGCUAUUCAAUUAAAUAAUGGCUGAUUUGAUGAUCAUCAACUCCACUUUCCUGCUUUAUCCUCCUAAUCAUUGAUUCUUUUACUGAUUAAUAUUUUGUCUGUCUCAGUCUUGAACGUACGUAAUGAUCCAGCCCCGACAACCUUCUGUGGUAAAGAAUUCCACAGAUUCAUUACUUUAGAGAGGAAAAUUCCUAUUCUGCUGCUUCCGGUUGCUGCCUGUCGUAGGUCAGCAUGUUGCAGUUAUAAUUUGAUAUCAGUGUACACCUGGAUGAGUGAUGCUGAGAUUUUUUUUAAUCAGAUGGUGGUUUAAUGUUUUUGCUUUGGGCUGUACUUUUUAAUAAAUUUGGAAAGGAGAAAUGCUUCCUUUAAACAUUGUGAGUAUUUUGUAUCGGUGAAAUAAUGACAGCAGUGAAGAGACAUAAAGAACCUUCACUGCAACAAAGAAUUAAGUUAUGAAGAACAUCUGUAAAAACAUGGGCUUUUUAGCCUUGGAGAAAGAAUUGAGCGAAGAGGCAGCCUCUUAAGCUUUGAAAAUAUAUAUAUAUUUGGGUUAGUAGAAAGUGGCGCAGGUUCAAACUGGCAAGAAACAAUUUUAGGCGUGUUACUUGUUUAAACGAAGAAUGAUCACUAUCUGAAGGGUCGGGUACGUUUUGGCGCUGAUCAUUUGGCCCCGCCGUUUUAGUUCUAAACUGUUUUGGCGCUUAUUACUUUGGUGCUGAGCUGUUUUGGUGCCAAUUCAGAAUUAAAAACAAGUCUUGUUUGGUUAAAGAAUAGAGAUGACUAACGACCCGAUGUAAUUUUCUCAACUAGCAAGAGUUGAUUCAAAUCUCGUUUUGUAAUCAUUUUCUCAUUUAACAAUUGUUAAUAGUCAUCUACUGCCUUGAUGAUACUUAACCCCUUCUAUCUUCACAUUGGAAAGCUGUAAUAUAAUUUUCUUUCUAUUUUCUUGUAGAGCCCAUACCAGAAAUGGCUGAAAACAUUCUAAGCAAGAGAGACAAACCAAAAUUAUAGACGAUGGUUAUCUAUAUGUGUUUGAUAAAUAUAGCAAAAUGUAGAAAUUCGUUUUUAUAAUGAAUAGGUUAAAAAUAAUGAAUAAAAAAGAAUUCGAUUUAUUUCUUAGAAUGCAAUAAAAACAAAAUUCUUACGGGCGCUACAAAACUCUUCUUAAAUUCUGAAUUGGCGCCAAAACAGCUCAGCGCCAAAGUAAGGAGCGCCAAAACAGUUUAGAGCCAAAACAGCAGGGCCAAAUGAUCGCGCCAAAAGGGUGGCGCAAAAUAUUCCCGUUCUACUAUCUGAAAUGUUCUUUAGUGAAGACAAAAAGCUUUACAUUUAAUGAAUGGUUGGAUUAAUGAUGGUAGGAACUCUAUAGAUUAAUGAACUAGGAGUGAAUGAAUCAUGUUCUACAUGCAUAACUAUCUUAGACUGUCUAAUUAUAUGUGAUGUCACAUGGGUAAAUAAAUUGACUUAUUAACUAUUAAUAACAGAACCAAUACUAUGUCACUUAGUGAGCAAGUCUCCUUUUGAAUUGCUACUUUUCCUGUAGGAAGAGGUCCUUUAAUAUCUCAAAGAAGUGAAUGAAUUCUUCUGGUUACAUUUCCCACUGUUAGCAACCAUCUGGGUCAUGAAAUAUUUGUUAUACAAAUGCAAUAAAUGGUAACUUUUCAUCUAGUUAUUGUUUAAUAUUUCAUGACUUGGAGAUGCCAGUGUUGGACUGGGGUGGACAAAGUUUAAAAAAAUCACGCAACACCUGGACAACCCACAACCACCUGCUGAAGGAGCAGCGCUCUGAAAGCUAGUGCUUCCAAAUAAACCUCUUGGACUAUAACCUGGUGUUGUGUGAUUUUUAACUUAAUAUUUCAUGUAAUACCUUUUGUGAACCACUUGGCUCGAAAUAUAAUUGUCAUCAGAUGGCUUACUUAGCAUGUAGUGUCAAUGAGUGCAUUUCAUAGAAUUAGAAACAUGCAGAGCUAUCUGGAGGUAAUAUGUUAUGAAUUAAACUUGCAUCUUUAUCUUACUGCAAUGGACAUGCAGUAUGGAGAAAGUCCGUUGUCAAAUGAAGCAUUCUGCAGUUGUCACAUUGUCUCCCAAGACACAUGAAACACUAUUUUAAUAACAUUUAAAAAUUUGGGACAACGUACAAAAUUUCACUGGGGGAAAGAAUGAAUGAAGAAAAAACACAAUCAUAUGCUUGAAAGUAUACCAAGUUUACAGACUUGUGCUGUUAAAUCUGAUGGUGCUUUUGAUGGUAUUUUUUUACAUGUGGACAUACUGUAUUUUUCACUUUUACUAAACAGCAGGCAUCGGAAUUUAAUUCUAAGGUCUUGUUCUUUGUAUUCUUUAAGAUUGAAAUGAAAUGAUAAAUUUUAUCUAACAGCUGAGCUUAAAAACACUGAUUAGUAUUAUUGCUGUUUAACAGGUGUGUACUGAUAUGUCAAAUUAUAGUUACAAACAUGAACAAAUAAUGAAGUACAUUAACAGGAUUCAGGUGACAAUAUUAUAAUGAAUGAAAUAAUCUAUUUUGUAAUCAUCAGCCCCCACAAAAAUGAAUCAUUGAUUUUAUUCACAUAAAAAUCAAAAUUAAUUUAUUUCUUCUGUUGAAACAGGUGUUUAUUUCAAGUAUUCAGAUAAGUUAAGUAAAAUAAUCUUCAGGCUACUGUUAGGAAACUAAAACCAGUGUGAGAUGUGUUUGUAUAUUUAUCCAUCAAUAUAAGGUGAUUUUCUCUGGCACCUUAAAAUGAUUCGUAACUUGACUGGCAGGAUUGGUUUCUCCUAAAUGUCUUGACAAUUUUAGGAGUUAAUUUAGUUACAUUUCCAUAACAAUAUCAAGUGCAUUUUCCUUUAAUACUUUAAGAAAUAAAUCCUGGUCUUUUUUAAAUAGUUGAAAAGUUAUAUAUCUGCAUGUUUAAUAAAAUACUUUGCAUCAAGAUACAAAUGCAGAAAUGUUAUUUUUGCAGUAUUGUGAGUACCUGUGAAUUUAUCUGAGACUGAUCUCAGGAAAUAUGAGACAAUAAUAUGAAAUUGUAUGCUUCGUGCUAUGCACCUUAAAACCUGGAUCUUGCAUAUUAUGUAAUAGUUUGGAAGAAAGACAGGUGGAUUCAUAUUUAGAUAGUGGCCACUGAUUUUCUUUUUUAAUGCUAAGAGCAUUGCAAUAGUAGAUUAUGUAGAUGUUGGUUAUUUUUGUAUUUUGUUACUUCCCUUCAGAUAAUUUGGUGUUGAGUAGGCAGAAAAAUAUGCAAUGACAGAUCUUCAUUAUUCCUCUUUUCACAUUCCAAAAAAAUUAAAAUUCAGUUCCAUAGCAACAUAUGUAUAAGUAUGAUACUACUUACAUUUCAGAUGAAGUAAUAUUCCUUAAUAAUAAUUAGAUUUUGUCAUGGAUUUAUUAACCAAUUUAAAUAAAUUUUAAAGGCUGCUGAAAAUUUUAGGACCGGUAAUUCAAGCUGAAUCCUUUGGAAGUAUAUGUAUUGUUAGAAAUAAUGUGUGUUCUCUUUGACUCAUGCUCACUGUGAACAUACUAGUUUGUUGGAGUUUACAAAUAUGGCAGUGCCCCGAGAGAAAGAAAAUUAUUUUGGCACUUCGACUUAUCACCGGUUUAAAAUAAUCAAAUGCUUUCUGAUAUGUCCAUCUCUAAGGUUUGUCAUACAUAAAUUAGCACAAAAUGUGUACUGUUUUGACUGACAAUAAAAGCAACUUGUAAGCAGUUAAUCUAAGUAACAAAUCUAGGUCAAGAUAAUGUAAUGCAAUUAUUCCAAAGUAUGACAUUUUUCAAUUCAUUUUACAACAUUGUCUUUUUGGUAUAGUUGACAAAUUAGUUGAAAAACUGGUCAGCAUUAUUUUGCUUUUGUUUUUAAUUGUGGCUGGAGUAGACGACUUGGUGUGGUUUCAUUAUUCCCUUCUAGAGUUGUUUUGACACGUUCACAAAGCAGGUACAGUAUUCUUAUGGUGUUGCCUCACGCAGACUUAGACCACCUGUUGGCGUUAUGAUUUAAUAUUUUUGUUUUAUGCAUUACCAUAUAACUUUCCAAGAAACAAUAACUUGUAUGAUGCAGUUCUACAUAAUUAUUGUAAUAUCCAGGGUACAGCGUUUUCAGAUCCAGCCAAUUAAAAAAGCUAAUGAAAUGAGAAAAGACAGUUGGCUGGCUUUGUGCAAUAUUUGAACUCACUCAAAGAAACACACGAGCACAAUAUUUUAAACUUUAAAUAAUUUAACAUCAUAUUUAAAGAGCAAAUUAUACUCUGGUUAUAAUUAAAACAUCCACUGCAAAAAAAGGUUGCUUUAAAUAUUAAUCCUAAAUAAUUAAGUAUUUAUUGAGCAACAAAAAAGUAUAAGUGAAUUUUUAAGCUUAAGCAUUUAUAUAAAAAUAUAAUGAAAUGUAAAAUACUUAUUCUGACUGAUUUGCUUACUGUCUUUUAUCUUGUUUUAUUUAACUUCUUUAUGCUUUAAGACUGACUUCUGUCAUUUUAACCUCAGUAAUAUUUCUUAUUAAAUUUUACUGGCAUAUUUAAGGCUGAAAGCCUCAAUAAUUGCAUUCAUUUCUUUUAACAUUGUAUUCGCAAUUUUGGUGCUGAAAGUAAUUACUUUUUGUUCCAUUCAAUAAAGUAUGAUAUUUA